AUGGACUUCCGUAUAAGGAAGGCAGACGCUCUGCUGUUUACCUAUGAGGUAGAUACAAGGAGACAGUCUCCUCAGGUAAGGAGGGGAUGGGAGAGACAGGUUGUCUCCUUUAUUCGUAACUAUAAACAGCAGCAGCAGCAGCGACACAGACGUCGGAGAGACCAGCCGCAGCAGCAGCAGCAGCAGCAGCAGCAGUUGCGGAUGCUGCAGCAUGAACAGCAGCAAGAGACACUGAUGCACCAGCAGCAGCAUGCAGCUGCACAAGAUGAGAAACCCUCAGGCCAUCAGGUGUUGCACAGGCAGCCAGUUGCUGCUCCUCCUGCUGCACCUGCUGCAGCACCUGCUGCUGCUGCUACUGGAGCAGCAGCAGCAGCAGCAGCAGCAGCUCCAAGUGCUGCUGCUGGUGACUGGGAUGUAUGGGUGCAUAAUGAGUCCCUUGAAGCAGAUGAGGCCCUGUCUCUUGUUAAUGGGGAGGUGCAUCUGCUGCUGCUGACGGUGCCGCUGCUGCUGCUGCACUUUGCGGUGUCUCUACACCUCACGGCACCUGAUUUACCUUCCUUCCCUCUGCGCAAGAAGGCGCUGCUGCUGGGGGCAGUUGUGUGUCUUGCUGCUUUUGCUGCUGCUGGGGGUCUGGUGCUGUGUCACCUGGUGCUGCGGGUCCCCGUGACGCCGCUGCUGCUGCUCGUGCUGCACUUGCUGCUGGGGCUGUCUGUACACCAGGCAGCACACACGCUGCGCUGCGUGGGGGCAGGAAUGGGGCGCGUGUCUGCUAUGCAGAAGCAGCUGCGGCAGCAGCAGCAGCAACAGCAGCAGCAGCAGAAGAGGCGACUGCAGCGAACAGGCCGAUUGCUGCUGCGUCAAUCUCUGCAGCAACGCAGCGUAUUCAGCAGCAGCAGCAGCAGAGUAGGUAUAGACGAUGCUGAGUAUUUAUUGUACUGUGGCAGUAGUAGACGCAGCAGCAGCAGCGACAGCAGCGACAGCAGCAAGACCAGCAGCAGCAGCAGCAGCACAAAUGAUACACAAUGGGAGGGAAGAAGGACAUGGGGUCUAGUAGAUGAGGCAGAUAGGCAGCAGCAGCAGCUAGAGGAGACACUUAUAGAGUGUAUAUGCAGCAGCAGCAUAACAACUGCAGCAGGAGUUUGCUGCCUUGUUGUUAUGGGGACAUUUGAUCUCCCUGCUGUCUCCUCUUAUUGUUUUGCUGCUGCUUGCUGUCUCCUUUCUCUUCUUUUCUUUUUUGUCUCCUUUUUCUGUCCCUUACUCCUUAUCCUUUAUUGUCCCCAUUUGCUGCCUCUACCUGUCUCCGACUCACCGAUGCAGCGCAGCAGCAGACCUUCUCUUCGUGCUGCUCCUCCUGCAGCAGCAGCUGCUGCUGCACCUGCUGCUGCUGUUGCUCCUGCUGUGUCUACGACUACUGACUCCGAGGACUCGAGGGCAGGAAGAACUGACACGGAGCAGCAGCUGCAGCAGAAGCAGCAGCAGCAGCAGCAGCAGGAGCAGCAGGAGCAGAGUCAGGAGCACCGCCUGCAGCUCUACGACGAACUCGAAGAUUCUGUUCGGGGCAACGCUGCUGCUGCUGCUGCUGCUGCUGCUGCUGCUGCUGCAGCACGAUCUAAUGCUGCUUCUCCUUCAAAGACUGCCAGCAGGGAGCAGCCGACUUCUUCGUUCGCCGCAGAAGACAGCCACCCCCUUAGCAGCAGCAGCAGCAGCAGCAGUAGCAGCAGCAACAGCGGCAGCAGAGGAUCAGAGGGACACCAACAGCAACAGCAGCAGCAGCAGCAGCAGCACGAGCAGCAACCUCAGCUGCUAAAUGGGCUUGGUUCCCUCCCUAACGGUGUUCAUAACAAAGACCAAGAACUGCAGCAGCAGCAGCAGCAGCAGCAGCCGCAGCAGCAGGACAAUCAGCUAUCGCCAUGCGGUGGCAGCGCAAGUGUUUAUAUAGGAGACAACAGCAGCAGAUUAACGAUGAGCAGCAGCAAGGAGACAGAGACAACUAUGCGCGCUGCGGUGUACAGCUGCUCGGGUGUCUCAGCAGCUCCGUCGUUCUCUUGCAGAGAUGCGUGUGUCUCCUUGGGGGAGACUUCUUUGUCAUAA